CGUGUUGGCGGCUUGUUUUUCGCUCGCCUGAGUUUGCUCCCGAAUUUGGGCCUAGCUAUCCGUCUUGUGGUUCCACGGCGACGAAUUUUUUCCACGAGACAGCGUCCACGUGACACUCCGUGUCUGUCUUGUCCGCACUGCUGCUACUAUUGUGCUGGAGUCGCCACGGUCAAAAGUCUGGGUUUCUGGAGUUGGGGCCACAGAAUUAUGAUUCAAGGCAAGUUGUCUGCAUUACCCUCAUUGCCUAUUCUAAUAGGGGUGCCAGACAACUCUCCUUCCAGUUCCACCUGUAUCCCUCGGCCUCUAGCCAGCACUUCUCUGCUGACAGUCGUGGCUGGUAACAAGAACACCACCCUGUUCCUUCAGUCGCAAGGCCCUCCACUGCGCUCUACCACUGCUCUGCUGUCGUCACUGCCACCCGGGCUUCUCCAUCCUUUGAGAUAAGUUCAAGUUUUUGCCUUAUCGCUUGAAAAAGAGGGCAGUAGAUAUUAUGUGCAGAAUUCCGAGAAUAUUAUAAAGGCUAGAGGUAGAUCCCUUUGCCAGUCAGACCCUGGUAAGCGGCUAUCAUGCUGACCCUGGUAACAAAAAGGCGGCUGUUGCCCAGUUGAAGGGAAAUAUUGCUGCACUAUAGAUGUAACACAGACAGUGGGAAGGAUACCCAGCCAUUAUAAGAUUAUCUGGGAGUUGCUUGGCAGGUGG